AUGGACUUUGACCUCAUUAACGUCAUCAGAGGACCCAUCGAGCUCACAAACCUCCACCUCCAAAGCUUCAUGUACCAGCUGUUGUGUGGAGUCAAGUAUAUCCACUCCGGCAGGGUCAUCCACCGUGAUCUCAAGCCUGGAAACCUCCUCGUCAGCCGAGAUGGAGUUGUCAAGAUCUGCGACUUUGGCCUGGCCCGAGGAAUGAACUAUGACCUCAAUGACAAGACACAAAUCACAGCCUACGUCGCCACGAGAUGGUACCGUGCUCCGGAGCUGAUCAUGAGCUACCGAAACUACACGGAGGCCAUCGACAUAUGGGCUGUCGGCUGCAUAUUUGGAGAGCUACUGGGUAGACACCCGCUCUUCCAAGGCCAGAACCCUAUGGAUCAGCUCAAGAAGAUCUGCAAAGUGGUAGGGAUCCCUUCCAAGCCAGUCUUGGAGCGCAUGGGCAUCAAGAAGACCUGGGAGGUGCUGGAAUCCAACAUGCCUCAGUAUACGGGCAUCCCAUACUCCAAGUUGUUCCCCGAUGCAGAUUUUGCAGCGUUGGACCUGAUUGGAAAGCUGCUUCGGUUCGACCCCACCAAGCGUGUGAGCGCUGUUGGAGCUCUGCGCCACAAGUACCUUGCCAAUUUUCAAAACUCUUCCAGUGAGGCCAUCAUGACCAGCCCCGUCGAUUUCAACUUUGAGUCGCUUAGUUUUGAGAACUUGAAAGCUGAACUGGAGGAGGAAGUCCGGGGUUUCCGUCGUGAGGUUCGCGGAAUCCCUCCAGGAGGUCCCAUUCAUCCCCACCGUCUCUAUCACCAAGACUACAUUCACACACGGUAA